AUGCGGGACGCGUCCCCUCUCCAAGAGUGCCGCUUCUCCUGCCAGUUUCGCACCUCUCGUCCACAUCAUCACACUUUAGGCGUGCUGAAACGCAUCAGGGGACAGCCGGGCGGGACGGCUUUGAAAAAUCACAUUAGACCACUUUCUUUUAUCGGCACUCUACCGACUAUCGCACUAGACACACCUUUUUCCACCACCGCUCAGACCAGGCUUCCCCCCUCUGGCGGUCAAGCCUCUGAGAGGGACCGCGACAGUGCACCCACUCGUCUGUGCUCUCCUAAAACUCAUCUACCGAUCAUCAUCCAGUUGGCCUGGCAACCUGCUUGCUUGGGGCGACGCGACAGCUGA